AUGAUGGGAAAAGACGGCCUUAUAGGGUUAAGUUCCAAUUCAAUGGAAGGAACCACUCAAACAACGAAGCAUGUAGGUUGGGGAAUUAGCAGGCAAACUGAGGAGAAGGAUUUAAAAGAAGAGACUCAACAACCGACUGUGUCCUCAAGCACCUCAGGAGGAAAAGGAUCUGGAUAUUUUCAGUCACAGUCAGGAGGACAACAACUUUCACAAGGUUCGUUGACAUCAGGGGCUGGACAUCAUCAGCAUUAUGGUUUUAGCAGUGGAAAUACCAUGGGAAAUACAGGAGGGCCGUCUCACUAUAAACAUUUAUCUACUAAAACAACAGUUUCAUCAGUGGAGGCAGACAUUUCUGCUAUAUUGAGGAUUAUUAAACAUUGCACAGAGAACUAUUCACAAAUGAAUGCUACUGGCCAAUUACUUGGUAUGGAAUACGGUAACAAGCUUGAAAUUACAACAUCUUUUCAACUUCCAACAAGAGAAGAUUUGCUCCCGUCUCUAAUGUCUAACUAUAGUGGAGGAAAGUUGGACAAAUCAGAGAAAUUGGAUUUAGAAGAGCGUCUUGUUGAGGAAGUUGAUAAAUACCAGGCUGCAAUGGUUGAGCUUAUGCAUGAAAUACGCUCAGAUUGUUUUGUACUUGGAUGGUACCAGCUUAUACGUUUGGAUGACUUCCAAGAUUACGGAAUCGUCUCUACAUUAUUAUCUUACUAUAAUAACAUUGAGAGUAAGAACGCCAUUCUUUUAAGUAUCGAUCCAGAUUUACUUAUUCAAGGAAAGAAAAAUGCCUUCAAAGCUUUUACUUUGAACUCUGAAUAUGCAAACAGGCUUAAAGACGAUGAAGAUAACUUCCACAUAUUUAAGAAUGCUAGUUUUGAAGACAUCCUUGUUGAAGUUCCUAUUUAUAUUAAAUACCCGGUACUUUCUGAAGCUUUUCUACUUGAUUGGAUGACAUCAGAUGUACUCCAAUCCACCAUUGACUAUUCCGAAUUGUCCAUAAACACAAAGACAUCCCUUGACAUAAAUGACAAAGCCCUAUUAAACCUUGCAGAAUCUAUCGAUGUUUUAUCAAUUGAACAAGAGAAACUCUAUAAAGGAUAUAGAGACUAUAACAAACAACAAUAUCUUAUCAAGCAAAUGGCAGAAAGGAGGAGAAUUGAAAAUGAACAGAGAAAACUUAAGGGUGAGACCCCCUUACCUAUUGAUACAGAAUCAAUCAAGAAAGUGGACCCUCCAAACCCUCUCCCAGUUAUUCUGGUUUCCAAAUAUGUUGAGUCACAAUGUAAUGAAAUAAACUUCAACUCAAAGGAAAGUCUUACCAAGGUUCUCAUUCGAAACAUUAAGAACGAUAUGUAA